AUCUUGCCUUCAACUCAACUGCAUAUAAAAAGAUCCAAGAGACGCCGGUGAAGAGGCUGUGCAGAGUUCAUAACUCCAUCACUGUGAACGGACAGUUUCCAGGGCCAACCUUGGAGGUCAGAAACGGUGAUUCUCUUGUCAUCACUGCCAUUAACAAAGCUCAGUACAACAUUAGCCUCCACUGGCAUGGGAUAAGGCAGAUGCGGAAUCCAUGGGCGGAUGGACCAGAAUUCAUAACACAAUGCCCAAUCAAACCAGGAGGAAGUUACACCUACAGAUUCAACAUCGAAGAACAAGAAGGCACCUUGUGGUGGCAUGCCCACAGCAGAUGGCUGCGAGCCACCGUGUAUGGAGCUCUCAUCAUCCGCCCUCCUCUCUCUUCUCCUCAUUACCCUUUUCCAGUUCUUCCCAAGAGAGAGUUCACUCUCCUCUUAGGGGAAUGGUGGGACAGAAACCCCAUGGAUGUUCUGAACUUGGCCCAGUUCACUGGAGCUGCACCAAACGUCUCAGACGCAUUCACCAUCAACGGUCAGCCUGGUGAUUUCUACAGAUGCUCCAGCCAAGAAACUUUAAGGUUUCUGGUGGGAUCAGGAGAGACCGUCCUCCUCAGGGUCAUCAACUCUGGCUUAAACCAAGAACUCUUCUUCGGUGUGGCGAACCACAAACUUACAGUGGUUGCUGCGGAUGCCUCCUACACCAAACCUUUCUCCACCAAUGUCAUAAUGUUAGGUCCAGGUCAGACAACUGAUGUGCUUCUAACCGCGGACCAACCUCCAGCACACUACUACAUGGCUGCACACGCUUACAACAGCGCCAACGCUCCCUUUGACAACACCACCACCACAGCAAUCCUCCAGUACAAAGACGCCCCUUGUGUUACUACUCUUCAAGGUAAACCACAGGCACGUGCAAUACCCGCGCAGCUGCCAGGAUUCAACGACACAGCAACAGCAGCAGCCUUCACAGCUCAGAUAAAGAGUCCUUCAAAAGUUGAAGUACCACUCGAGGUCGACGAGGACUUGUUCUUCACGGUGGGAUUGGGACUAUUCAACUGCACAACGCCCAACACGCAAAGGUGUCAAGGCCCAAACGGAACACGCUUCACUGCCAGCAUCAACAACGUCUCUUUCGUCUUCCCUAGACGCAACUCCAUCAUGCAAGCCUAUUACCAAGGCACACCCGCAGGCGUUUUCACCACAGACUUCCCUCCUGUUCCUCCAACCACAUUUGACUACACAGGAAACGUGAGCAGAGGACUAUGGCAGCCCACACGUGGAACAAAGGCCUACAAGCUAAAGUACAAGUCCAAAGUACAAGUCAUAUUGCAAGACACAAGCAUUGUCACCACUGAGAAUCACCCAAUGCAUCUCCACGGGUACGAGUUCUAUGUAGUUGGGACAGGUAUUGGUAACUUCAACGCGAACAAAGACACAUCAAGCUUCAACCUUAUUGAUCCACCACGGAGAAACACUAUUGGAACACCUCCUGGUGGAUGGAUAGCUAUCAGAUUCGUGGCUGAUAAUCCUGGAGUUUGGCUGAUGCAUUGUCACAUCGACUCUCAUCUAUUCUGGGGUCUUGCUAUGGUCUUUUUGGUUGAGAACGGUGAGGGUCAUUUGCAGACUGUACAGUCUCCACCAUUGGACUUACCCCAAUGUUAAAGACUAUUUUUUAUAUACACACAUAGACUUGUAUAAUUUCUUCUUUCUCCGGCAUGUUUUGUUUAUUAAGAUGGUAUUUAUAAUUACAAAGGAAGAGAAAAAACAAGUUACAAAG